AUGAGUAGUAAUCAUCCUUACUCCACAUCAUGGUUCAUUCUGAACAAACAAUAUGUGUGUUCUUCAUCAAAAUCAUCUUCUUCACUCUCUCACUACUCUGAACCUUCACCACCUCUCAAAGAAUCUCUCCCUCCACUGAGUUUAAGCCCAACAAAAAGAAACAACCAUGACCAACAAAACCCUAAUGCUUCACGUGCUCAAAUAAUUGAAACUGGUCUCACUAGCAAAAUUUCUGAUGAUCCUGAGCUACAUCUUGGGCUCCCAAGCCACAAUAGACAUAAUGAUACUGAAAUGGAUCAUAAAGAGAUGGCGGAAGAAGGUACAACUGGUAAUGCAUAUCUUACAACCACCCUAAACAAGGGUCCAUACUGGAUACCUACUCCAUCUCAAAUUCUGAUUGGCCCAACUCAGUUUUCUUGCCCUAUUUGCUUUCAAACCUUCAACAGAUACAAUAACAUGCAGAUGCAUUUGUGGGGGCAUGGAUCUCAAUACAGAAGAGGAAAUGAAUCCCUACGGAGAAUACAGCCAACAGCCAUGCUAAGACUACCAUGCUAUUGCUGUGCACCAAUGUGUCCCAACAAUAUCGAGCACCCGGGGGCUAAACCGCUCAAAGAUUUCAAAACCUUACAGACACAUUACAAGAGAAAACAUGGGACCAAACCAUUUAUGUGCAGGAAAUGUCGUAAGGCAUUUGCGGUUAGAGGUGAUUGGCGGACUCACGAGAAGAAUUGUGGGAGACUUUGGCAUUGCAUCUGUGGGUCGGAACUUAAGCAUAAAAGGUCUUUGAAAGAUCAUAUUAAGGCAUUUGGAAAUGGGCAUGCAGCUUCUGGGAUUGAUGAUGAAUCUUUCUUUGAGUUAGAAGAACAACAAGAAACCGCCAAUUCUGUGACUGGGGUCAUUAGGAUAUGA